CACCGAUAAUAAAGUCUAUUGAUCCUAUUCUCCACGGAUGAUAAGUCCAUUAAGCAUAGAUUUGGGCCAAUUUAUUUUCAGAUGGCUUUUUCGUAAUUUCUUGGGCGACGAAAGUCCAUUUUCUUUGAAUAUUGAAGGCGGCAGAUCACGGAUUCGUCCUGAGGCUCUUCUCCAACGAUGAUUGAGUCCAUUAAGCACCGAUUUGGGCGGAUUUAUUCCGGGUCAAUUAUUGGCAGAUUCCAAAGGGGUACCAUCACAGAUUUCAGGCGAUUUAUCCGAAAUGCCAUUUUCUUUCGAUUCUGAAGGCUACACAGAUCACAUAAUCAGGCCGAGGCUAUUAUCCACCGAUAAUGAAGUCUAUUGAUCAUAUUCUCCACGGAUGAUAAGUCGGUUAAACAUCGAUUUGGGCAAUUUAUUUUCGGAUGGCAUUUUCGUAAUUUCUCGGCCUACGAAAGUCCAUUUUCUUUGAAUAUUGCAGAUCAAGGAUUCGGCUUGAGGCUAUUCUCCAACGAUGAUUGAGUCCAUUAAAAUCACAGAUUUCGGGCGAUAUAAUGAAGUCUACUGAUCCUAUUCUCCAUGGAUGAUAAGUCCAUUAAGCACCGAUUUGGGCGAAUCGAUAUUCGGAUGGCAUUUUCGUAAUUUUUAUAUCGACGAAAUGCCAUUUUAUUUUGAUUUUGAAGACUAUAGAUCACGAAUUCAGCUUGAGGCUAUUCUUCAACGAUGAAUAAGUCCAUUAAGCACCGAUUUGGGCGGAUUUAUUCCGGUUCUAUUUUUGGUAGAUUUCAAAGGGGUAACAUCACAGAUUUCGGGCAAUUUUUUAGAAAUGCCAUUUUCUUUCGAUUCUGGAGGCUGCAGAUCACGAAAUCAGGCCGAGGCUAUUGUCCACCGAUAAUGAAGUCUAUUGAUCUUAUUCUCCACGGAUGAUAAGUCCAUUAAGCACCGAUUAGGACCAAUUUAUUUUCGGAUGGCAUUAUCGUAAUUUUUAUGUCUACGAAAGGCCAUUUUAUUUUGAUUUUGAAGGCUACGGAUCACGGUUCGGCGUGAGGCUAUUCUUCAACGAUGAUUAAGUCCAUUAAGCACCAAUUUGGGUGGAUUUAUUCCGGGUGAAUUUUUGGCAAAUUCCAAAGGGGUACCAUCACAGAUUUCAGGUGAUAUUUCUCAAAUGGCAUUUUAUUUCGAUUCUGGGGACUGCAGAUCACGGAUUCGGCCAGAGGCUAUUCUACAACGAUGAUUAAGUCCAUUAAGCACCAAUUUGGGUGGAUUAUUCCGGGUCAAUUUUUGGCAGAUUCCAAAGGGGUACCAUCACAGAUUUCGGGCGAUUUUUCCAAAAUGUCAUUUUCUUUCGAUUCUGGAAGCUGCAGAUCACGAAUCAAACCGAGGCUAUUCUCCACCGAUAAUGAAGUCUAUUAAUCCUAUUCUCCACUGAUGAUAAGUACAUUAAGUACCGAUAUGGGCCAAUUUAUUUUCGGAUUGCAUUUUCGUAAUUUUUAUGUCGACGAAAGGCCAUUUUCUUUAGAUUUUGAAGGCUACAGAUCACGGGUUUGGCUUUAGGCUAUUCUUCAACGAUGAUUAAGUCCAUUAAGCACCAAUUUGGGCGGAUUUAAUCCGGGUCAAUUUUUGGCAUAUUCCAAAGGGGUAACAUCACAGAUUUCGGGUAAUUUUUCCGAAAUGCCAUUUUCUUUCGAUUCUGGGGGCUGCAGAUCGCGGAUUCAGCCUCAGGCUAUUCUACAACUAUGAUUAAGUCCAUUAAUCACAAAUUUGGGCGGAUUUAUUCCGGGUCAAUUUUUGGCAGAUUCCAAAGGGGUACCAUCACAGAUUUCGGGCGAUUUUUCCGAAAUGCCCUUUUCUUUCGAUUCUGGAGGCGGCAGAUCAUGGAAUCAGGCCGAUGCUAUUCUCCACCGAUAAUGAAGUCUACUUAUCCUAUUCUCCAUGGAUGAUACAUUCAUUAAGCACCAAUUUGGUCCAAUUUAUUUUCGGAUGGCAUUUUCGUAAUUUUUAUGUCGACGAUAGGCCAUUUUCUUUGAAUUUUGAAGGCUACUAAUCACGGAUUCACCCAGAGGCUAUUCUUCAACAAUGAUUAAGUCCAUUAAGCACCGAUUUGGGCGGAUUUAUUACAGGUCAAUUUUUGGCAGAUUCCAUAGGGGGUAUCAUCAAAGAUUUCAUUCGAUUUUUCCGAAAUGUCAUUUUCUUUCUAUUCUGGAGGCUGCAGAUCACGGAAUCAGGCCGAUGCUAUUCUCCACCGAUACUAAAGUCUAUUGAUCCUAUUCUCCACGGAUGAUAAGUCCAUUAAGCACCGAUUUGGGCCAAUUUAUUAUCAGAUGGCAUUUUCGUAAUUUUUAUGUCGACGAAAGGCCAUUUUCUUUUGAUUUUGAAGGCUACAGAUCACGGAUUCGGCCUGAGACUUUUCUUCAACGAUGAUAAGUCCAUUAAGCACCAAUUUGGGUGGAUCUAUUCCGGGUGAAUUUUUGGCAAAUUCAAAAGGGGUACCAUCACAGAUUUCGGGCGAUAUUUCCGAAAUGGCAUUUUUUUUUAUUCUGGGGGCUGCAGAUCUCGGAUUCGGCCUGAGGCUAUUCUACAACGAUUAUUAAGUCCAUUAAUCACCAAUUUGGGUGGAUUUAUUCCGGGUCUAUUUUUGGCAGAUUCCAAAGGGGUACCAUCACAGAUUUCGGGCGAUUUUUCCGAAAUACCAUUUUCUUUCGAUUCUGGAGGCUGCAGAUCACGGAAUCUAGCCGAGGCUAUUCUCCACCGAUAAUGAAGUCUACUGAUCCUAUUCUCCACGGAUGAUAAGGCCAUUAAGCACCGAUUUGGGCCAAUUUAUUUUCGGAUGGCAUUUUCGUUAUUUUUAUGUCGAUGAAAGGCCAAUAACUUGUGAUUUUGAAGGCUACAGAUAACGAAUUCAGCCUUAGGCUAUUCUUCAACGAUGAUUAAGUCCAUUAAGCACCGAUUUGGGCGGAUUUAUUCCAGGUCAAUAUUUUGUAGAUUCCAAAGGGGUAACAUCACAGGUUUCAGGCGAUUUUUCCGAAAUGCAAUUUUCUUUCGAUUCUGGAGGCUGCAGAUCACGGAAUCAGGCCGAAGCAAUUCUCCACUGAUAAUGAAGUCUAUUGAUCCUAUUCUCCACGGAUGAUAAGUCCAUCAAGCACCGAUUUGGGCCAAUUUAUUUUUGGAUGACAUUUUCGUAAUUUUUAUGUCAACAAAAGGCCAUUUUCUUUGAAUUUUGAAGGCUACAUAUCACGGGUUCGGCCUGAGGCUAUUCUUCAACGAUGAUUAAGUCCAUUAAGCACCAAUUUGGGUGGAUUUAUUCCGGGGGAAUUUUUGGCAAAUUCCAAAGGGGUACCGUCACAGAUUUCGGGCGAUAUUUCCGAAAUGGCAUUUUCUUUCGAUUUUGGGGGUUGCAGAUCACGGAUUCAUCCUGAGGCUAUUCUACAACGAUGAUAAAGUACAUUAAACACCAAUUUGGGCGGAUUUAUUCCGGGACAAUUUUUCGCAGAUUCCAAAGGGCAUCACAUAUUUCAGGCGUUUUUUCUGAAAUGCCAUUUUCUUUCGAUUCUGGAGGCUACAGAUCACGGAAUCAGGCCGAGGCUAUUCUCCACCGAUAAUGAAAUCUAUUGAUCCUAUUCUCCACGGAUGAUAAUUUGAUUAAGCAAAGAUUUGGGGCAAUUAAUUUUCGAAUAACAUUUUCGUAAAUUUUUAGGCGACGAAAGAACAUUUUCUUUGGAUUUUGAAGGCUACAGAUCACGAAUUUGGCCUAAGGCUAUAAUUUAACGAUGAUUAAGUCCAUUAAACAUCGAUUUGGGAGGAUUAUUCUGCGUCAAUUUUUGGCAAAUUACAAAGGGGUAUCAUCACAAAUUUAGGGCGAUUUUUCCUAAAUGCCAUUUUCUUUCUAUUUUUGAAGCUACAGAUCACGGAAUCAGGCCGAGGCUAUUCUCCACCGAUAUUGAAGUCUAUUUAUAUUAUUCUCCACGGAUAUUAAGUCCAUUAAGCACCGAUUUGGGCCAAUUUAUUUUCGGAUGGCAUUUUCGUAAUUUUUUGGGCGACGAAAGGCCACUUUCUUUGGAUUUUGAAGGCUACAGAUCACGGAUUCGGCCUGAGGCUAUUCUUCAACGAUGAUAAAGUCCAUUAAGCACUGGUUUUUGCGGAUUUAAUACAGGUCAAUUUUUGGCAGAUUCCAAAGGGGUACCAUCAAAGAUUUCAGACGAUUUUUUCGAAAUGACAUUUUUUCGAUUCUGGAGGGUGCAGAUCACGGAAUCAGGCUGAGCCUAUUCUCCACCGAUAAUGAAGUCUAUUGAUCCUAUUCUCCAUGGAUGAUAAGUCCAUUUAGCAUCGAUUUGGGCCAAUUAAUUUUCGGAUGGCAUUUUCGUAAUUUUUUGGGCGACGAAAUGCCAUUUUCUUUGAAUUUUGAAGGCUACAUAUCACAGAUUCGCCCUGAGGCUAUUCUUCAACGAUGAAUAUGUCCAUUAAACACCGAUUUGGGGAGAUUUAUUCCGAGUCAAUUUUUUGCAGAUUCCAAAGGGGUACCUUCUCAUAUUUCGGGGGAUUUUUCCUAAAUGCCAUUUUCUUUCGAUUCUAGAGGCUGCAGAUCACGGAAUCAGGUCAAGGCUAUUCUCCACUGAUAAUGAAGUCUAUUGAUCCUAUUCUCCACUAAUGAUAAGUCCAUUAAUCCCCAAUUCGGGCCAAUUUAUUUUCGGAUGAGAUUUUCGUAAUCUUUUGGGCGACGAAAUGCCAUUUUCUUUGGAUUUUGAAGGCUACAGAUCACGGAUUCGGCCUUAGGCUAUUCUUCACCGAUGAAUAAGUCCAUUCAACACCGAUUUGGACGGAUUUAUUCCGGGUCAACUUUUUGCAGAUUCCAAAGGGGUACCAUCACAGAUUUUGGGGGAUUUUUCCGAAAUGUCUAUUUCUUUCGAUUCUGGAGGCUGCAGAUCUCGUAAUCAGGCCGAGGCUAUUCUCCACUGAUAAUGAAGUCUAUUGAUCCUAUUCUCCACGGAUGAUAAAUCCAUUAAUCACCAAUUCGGGCCAAUUUAUUUUCGGAUGGCAUUUUCGUAAUUUUUUGGGCAACGAAAGGCCAUUUUCUUUGGAUUUUGAAGGCUACGUAUCACGGAUUCGGCCUGAGGCUAUUCUUCAACGAUGAUUAAGUUCAUUAAGCACCGAUUUGGGCGGAUUUAUUCCAGGUCAAUUCUUGGCAGAUUCCAAAGGGGUACCAUCACAGAUUACGGGCAAUUUUUCCAAAAUGCAAUUUUUUUUCUAUUCUGGAGGCUGCAGAUCACGGAAUCAGGCCGAGCCAAUUCUUCACCGCUAAUGAAGUCUAUUGAUCCUAUUCUCCAUGGAUGAUAAGUCCAUUAAGCACCAAUUUGGGCCAAUUUAUUUUCGGAUGGUAUUUUUGUAAUUUUUUGAGCCACGAAAGGCCAUUUUCAUUUUAUUUUGAAGACUAAAGAUCACGGAUCGGUCUGAGGCUAUUCUUCAACGAUGAUUAAGUCCAUUAAGCACCUAUUUGGGCGGAUUUAUUCCGGGUCGAUUUUUGGUAGAUUCAAAGGGUGUACCAUCACAGAUUUCGGACGAUUUUUCUGAAAUGCCAUUUUCUUUCGAUUCUGGAGGCUCCAGAUCAUGGAAUCAGGCCGAGGCUAUUCUCCACCGAUAAUGAAGUCUAUUGAUCCUAUUCUCCAUGAAUGAUAUUUCGUUUAAGCAACGAUUUGAGGUAAUUUAUUUUCGAAUGGCAUUUUCGUAAAUUUUUGGGCGACGAAAGAACAUUUUCUUUGGAUUUGAAGGCUACAGAUCACGAAUUCGGCCUAAGGCUAUUAUUUAACGAUGAUUAAGUCCAUUAAACAUCGAUUUGGCGGCUUUAUUCCGGGUCAAUUUUUGGCAAAUUACAAAGGGGUACCAUCACAAAUUUCGGGCGAUUUUUCCUAAAUGCCAUUUUCUUUCUAUUUUGGAAGCUACAGAUCACGGAAUCCGGCCGAGGCUAUUCUCCACCGAUAUUGAAGUCUAUUGAUAUUAUUCUCCACGGAUGUUAAGUCCAUUACGCACCGAUUUGGGCCAAUUUAUUUUCGGAUGGCAUUUUUCGUAAUUUUUUGGACGACGAAAGGCCACUUUCUUUGGAUUUUGAAGGCUACAGAUCACGGAUUCGGCCUUAGGCUAUUCUUCAACGAUGAUUAAGUCCAUUAAGAACCGAUUUGGACGGAUUUAUUCCAGGUCAAUUUUUUGUAGAUUCCAAAGGGGUACCAUCACAGAUUUCGGGUGAUUUUUCCGAAAUGCCAUUUUCUUUCGAUUCUGGAGGCUGCAUAUCACGGAAUCAGGCCGAGGCUAGUCUCCACCAAUAUUGAAGUCUAUUGAUCCUUUUCUCCGCGGAUGAUAAGUCCAUUAAGCACCGAUUUGGGCCAAUUAAUUUUCGGAUGACAUUUUUGUAAUUUUUUGGGCAACGAAAUGCCAUUUUCUUUGGAUUUUGAAGGCUACAUAUCACGGAUUCGGCCUGAGGCUAUUCUUCAACGAUGAAUAAGUCCAUUAAACACCGAUUUGGGCGGAUUUAUUCCCGGUCAAUUUUUGGAUAAUUCCAAAGGGGUAGGGAUGGCAACAAAACCCGAACCCACGGGUACCCACCCGACCCAACCCGGUCAACGCGGGUAAAACCCAUGUUGACGGGUUUUGGGCCGGGUUCGGGUUUAAACCCGCUACACUAUUCACCGGGUCGGGUUGGGUUUGGGUUUAGGUAAACCCGCCCCAUGGGUACCCGCCCACACACAUAUAAUUAUUUUCCCGAUAUAUUUAAUAUUCUAAAUAAUAUAUCUUCCUUAAACCACAAAUAUUUUUUUUAUGUUUGUGGAGACAUGUAUAAUUUGUUCUUUCUAAUUGUUUAGAAUGAAGUUGAUAUGAUGAAGUGGAGAGUGAAGAAACUUAGGUGACGAGGAAAAAGCUUUCAAUUAAUCUUAUUGUUUAUAGAUGUUUAUCUUUAAUUUUGAAAAAUUUGUAUUGAUCAUUUGCGGUUUGCUUGUAUGCUCUAGAUUGGUGUUUUUUGUAUGAUUAAUUUGUAUGAGAAAAUUGAUGUUAAACUUUUAUUUUGAAAGAAACUUGUUAUCGUAAAUUUUUUACCACAAAAACCCACGGGUAUCCAUGAACCCGCGGAUACCCAGGGGGUGGGGUUGGGUUGGGUUUGAGUUUUUCAAACCCAACGGGUUUUAUCCCGGGUUUUUUGGCGGAUAAACCCAUGGGUUUGGGUUUGACAAAACCCGCCCCAAUCCAACCCAUUGCCAUCCCUACAAAGGGGUAAUCACAAAUUUCGGGCGAUUUUUCUUAAAUGCCAUUUUCUUUCUAUUUUGGAGGUUACAGAUCACGGAAUCAGGCCGAGGCUAGUCUCCACCGAUAUUGAAGUCUAUUGAUCCUUUUCUCCACGGAUGAUAAGUCCAUUGAGCACCGAUUUGGGCAAAUUAAUUUUCGGAUGGCAUUUUCGUAAUUUUUUGGGCAACGAAAUGCCAUUUUCUUUGGAUUUUAAAGGCUACAGAUCACGGAUUCGGCCUGGGUCUAUUCUUCAACGAUGAAUAAGUCCAUUAAACACCGAUUUGGGGGAUUUAUUCCGGGUCAAUUUUUUGCAGAUUCCAAAGGGAUACCAUCUCAUAUUUCGGGGGUUUUUCCUAAAUGCCAUUUUCUUUCGAUUCUAGAGGCUGCAGAUCACGGAAUCAGGCCCAGGCUAUUCUCCACUGAUAAUGAAGUCUAUUGAUCCUAUUGUCCACGGAUUAUAAGUCCAUUAAUCACCAAUUCGGGCCAAUUUAUUUUCGGAUGGCAUUUUCGUGAUUUUUUGGGCCACGAAAUGUCAUUUUCUUUGGAUUUUGAAAGCUACAUAUCACAGAUUCGGCCUGAGGCUAUUCUUCAACGAUGAAUAAGUCCAUUAAACACUGAUUUGGACGGAUUUAUUCCGGUUCAAUUUUUUGCAGAUUCCAAAGGGGUACCAUCACAGCUAGGGCUUGGAGUCUAGACCAAACCGUAUGAGAAACCGCGGUCUAGACCGUAUCGUAUGGUUUGGUCUGGACCGCGAGACCAGAACUAUGGUCUGGUCUGGUUUGCGGUCUCCUCCUUUAGAGAGUGGUCUGAAGUGGUCUGGACCGCGGUCUACCGCAGUAAACCGUAACAGACCGCGACACAUUACCUACUAACUCGGAUAAAAAUAACACUAAAUUGAACCUCCAUUUGUGUAUUUGAAGAACAAAGUUAGUUGAUUCUUCAUCUAGUUGAGAGCCAACAAAUUACCAAAUGAUCGCUUAUUUGUUAUCUCCUUAUCAAAGAACCACACAAAAACCAGAAAGACUCAUAAAUAAUAUUCACAGACAAUGUCUAGACUAUGGUUCUUCUAAAAAAAAAUGUCUACACUAUGGAGUCGAUAAAAAUUAAACGAUAGAAAAAAUUCGUUCACCUUGAUGAGAUACAAAAAAUUAUUGAGAGAUCAUAUGUGACUAUUUUAGUGGUUCAAAAUUACCGCGACGUCAUCACAAAGGUUAUCAACCGGAAGAACCUUCCGAUCACUCGAGAGAGGAGAGAAGCGGUAGCACAAAGAGGAAUAGGGAAACAAGGCUAUUUGAUGUGUGUGUGUUUGAAAAUUGAAAAAACCCACUUCUAUCCUCAUAUUUCUUCUCAUUUAAUUACGAUCACAAUUUUUUUUUGUUUCAAUAGCAUAUUGGUCACUAGAAUUUUUAUUUUUAUAGAUACAGACGAAUGGUUGGAGGGCGAACAAGAGUUAAAUUUUUUUAACAUGGUCUGUCUGGUCCAGACCAUAUCGGACCGCACCGUACAGAUGUGGUCUGGUCUGGACCGUAUAGUAUAUGGUCUGGUCCAUGGUAUGUAUUCCAACCUCUCGGUCUGGACCACAAACCGUAUCUAUGGUCUGGUCUGGACCGGACCGCACCGUUUCCCACCCCUAAUCACAGCCUUUGGAGGAUUUUUCCGAAAUGUCAUUUUUUCUAUUCUGGAGGCUGCAGAUCUCGGAAUCAAGCCGAGGCUAUUCUCCACUGAUAAUGAAGUCUAUUGAUCCUAUUCUCCACGGAUGAUAAGUCCAUUAAUCACCAAUUCGGGCCAAUUUAUUUUUCGGAUGGCAUUUUCGUAAAUUUUUUGGAGACGAAAGGCCAUUUUCUUUGGAUUUUGAAGGCUACAGAUCACGGAUUCGGACUGAGGCUAUUCUUCAACGAUGAUUAAGUUCAUUAAGCACUGAUUUGGGCAUAUUUAUUCCAGGUCAAUUUUUUGAAGAUUCCAAAGGGUAUCAUCACAGAUUUCGGGUGAUUUUUCUGAAAUGCCAUUUUGUUUCGAUUCUGGAGGCUGCAGAUCACAGAAUCAGGCCGAGGCUUUUCUUCACCGAUAAUGAAGUCUAUUGAUCCUA